AUGGAUAAGUAUGAUACGUCUCAGAUCACAGAAUUUCCUCGUUACGAACCGGAGUCAUCGCAGAGUGGUGUCUCUACGUUCUUUAACAAAUUAUGGAAGUUUCCUCUAUUUUCUGCUAGUGAGGCUAUAGAUAAUAUGGCAAACAAGGCAAUAAGUGACGGGAAAGACGCCCCUCAGAAUGAGGAACAGAAGCAAGACUAUGAUGAAGGGAAACCUGAGACAGGAACGUAUGCUGAGGAGUUGGAAGGUAGAAGUCUGCCUAACGUUCUUAGGAGAAUCAGUAGUCUAAUAGCCUUGGGAUCUGGGGGUGGAACAAAGUAUGCAGACACAGAACUGGCCCGCUAUUGGAUGCCGGAUGAUAUUUCACGUGAAUGUUACGAAUGUGCCUCAAGAUUCAGUACACUGCGACGUAGACAUCACUGCAGAGUGUGCGGACAAAUAUUCUGUUCUAGAUGCUGCAGCCAAAGAGUGCCAGGGCACAUAUUUGGGUGUGCUGGUGGGCUACGGGUUUGCAACUAUUGUUGCAAUGUAGUACUGAGUUAUCUGAAGGAAAAUGACAUGACUGGUGAGAUACCACCUGAUCUAAGGACUCUGCAGGAGAACUUACAGGUGAAGUUCCCAGAGAACAAGUCACAGCAAGCUCACAAGUUGCGCGACAGCUUCAUGUUCCCCCGCGAGCAGGAGGAGCGCUGCGAGCCACGACAACAACAUGAGGCACUACACGACGUCUACAGGCAUCUCAUGUACUCACUGCCCACGCAGCAACACAGGUAUCGUCUUGUUCGCUACAACGGAGUAUGGCGUGGCUGUGACAUCCUUCAAUGGGUCAUGGACAACACCAGUAACAAGACGAGGGCCCAAGCUACACUAUUCUGUCAAAAUCUACUCUGUGCCGGUUACAUGGAGUGUAUGACGGAACUACCCCAGUUUGUUGACUACGCGCUCUAUAAGCCCGCAGUUUUACCACUACGGCCUACCGAUGAAGAAAAUUCACCUGAGGAGUCAACAAGAUUGGAGAGUGCCUCGUCAUCAUCAUAUUGCCUCGAUUUGAAUCUGGACGAGAGUUCCGCAAGACUUACAAAGACACCCAAAGCAGAAAAGAAAUCGUCGUCCAGUGAGGAAGAACCACCGGUAUUAGAACAAAAUGAAGCGCCGACGGAAGCCAGACACAUCUGUAAGGCUAUAGUGGAGUCUGGCUCGGAACACCUGCGGCUACUGAUGCGGCAGUGCCUGGCGCGCCACGCGCUGCCCGCCGCCUGGCUGCACGUACUGUACCCGCUCUGUGUGCAGGCCGCCGACACCAUCGUGCUGGACGUGAACAGCAACGACAUAGACGUCCGCAACUACGUGCAGGUGAAGAAGGUGCCGGGCGGCACUAUGCGCGACAGCUGCCUCGUGCAGGGCGUCGUGCUCACCAAGAACGUCGCGCACAGGGGCAUGCCACAGCAGAUAUCAAACCCCACCAUACUACUUCUUGACUGCUCUAUAGCGUACCAACGCGUUGAGGGAAAACUUACUUCGCUGGAACCAGUUUUAUUGCAGGAGCGGGAGUACCUGGUGCGGUGCGCGGCCCGUAUAGCGGCGCUGCGGCCGCGCGUGGUGUUGGUGGGCGGGGCGGCGGCGCGGGGCGUGCAAGACGCGCUGCGCCGCGCGGGGGUGGCGCUGGCCGCGCACGUGCGGGGGCGGGCGCUGGCGCGGGCGGCGCGGGCCUCGCGCGCCUCGCCGCUGACCUCCAUUGACGCCCGCGUCGGCAUGCCGCGACUCGGAACUUGCAACAACUUCUAUGUCAAGAACUAUUCCAGCAAAACACUAAUGGUUUUAGAAGGUUGCGCUGAACCAAACCUAGCGUGCUGCAUACUGCUACGAGGAGCAUCCCUGCAGGAGUUAAUCAAAGUGAAGAAAGUUGUCAAAUUCAUGCUUCUGGCUUGUUACAACUGGAAACUGGAAAAAGCGUUUUUAGGUGACAUCGAGGCUAUUCUGCCUGAACCAGGAAUGACGUUUGAAGACGACGUGAACGAAAAUGAAGUUUCGAAAGAUGAUGUCGUAAAAGAUGAUAUUACGAAUGACGAUACUCAGAAUGGUGAAGGGGAGAAGGAUGAUGGUAAACGUAAAGAUUCAUUGAACGAGGAUUCUAGGAAGAGCAACGAGACUGAUAGUAAUGAGUCGUCUAGAUCUGAUAAUAUAUUCGUUAACUCUAGUGUUAAAGAGACUGGGAAGGUUGAUGAUAAAGCUGUAGCACCAAAUAGUACAAGUAAUGAAGAUAAAGAAAAUAAAGGUUCACUAGGAGAGGAUCCUUUACAAACUACGAAGCCGUUUGUCCGUAAAACGGAAAGUGAUAAAACUCUAAGCUGUGGUGUUCCAAUCAGAGACUUUAGCGAUCCAUUGCGCGCUACGUUGUCUGUUGAUGACGAUGUGUUCUUACCUAAAGAGGAAGCUAAACUGAAGGCCGAUACUCAUACAGACCGAUGGUCGACGGAUGACGUGGUGCUAUCGAUGUCUCCAAACGUGGUGAUCCCGGCGCCCUACCUGGAGCCGGAGUCAGGCCGGCGGGGCGGGCUGCGAGCCGCGCUGCCCCGCCCUCGCGCCCCCGCGCCCCCUCCACACGCGCCUCGACUCUCCAAGCACGAAGCGCGGUCAUCGCAGUCACUGCUACAACUCAAGGAGCUCCACCCAUUUGCUAAGAUGGCUAUUACAGCGCCAGCAGACGACCCAGCUCUUAAAGCGGCGCUUGCGCACUACAGGGCUACUGGAUGCCGACAAGUAAACGAUAAACAUAAACCUCAUUGUCCGAUGCACAAGCCAUCGGUUGUGAAAAAAGUGAAGGAACCCGAACAGGACCCGAACGAGAAAUCGAAUGAUAACGAACCCCUGGACCCAUUGGCUCCGGAGAACCAUCAACAACUGAGCCUACUUUUUUACAGCUUCAGUAAUAAGUCAGCUAACGUGCCUGACUUCUGCGUCAACCCUAGGAUAGUGACGAUGGAAAUGUACGGCGAGCUGGACAUAUCGUUGGGAGCAUUCCUCGACAAUUAUUGUUUCAACAACGACUACAAGUGUACGUCGCCAAACUGCAACGUGCCGAUGAACCAACAUGUGAGAAGGUUCGUGCAUGGAGAUGUGUGUAUUACAAUCACAUGUAAUACUAUUGGACAUAGCAAUGUCGACAAAACCAAAGAGGAAUCGAGCAAGCAGGUAACGUUCUGGUCCCGCUGCGAGGCGUGCGGCUGGGGCGGCGGCGGCGCGGGCGCGCGGCGGCUGUCUGGGCGCGCGCUGUGCGUGUCGCUGGCCGUGUACGUGCGCGCGCGCGUGGCCGCCCCGCGCUACGUGCGCGCGCACUGCUCGCACCCGCUGCACGCGCACACGCACGCCUUCGUGCGGGACCUCACCACGGUCUGCUUCCGGUACAGCAAGAUAACCCCAUACGAGAUUCAAUUCCCGCCGGACAUGAUCUCAAUAAACUACGACACGAAACAAAUGAGGGACAAUCUCAUCGCACAACUCAACGAACUUGUACAAAAAGGGCAUGAGACCUUCAGCGGUCUAUCAGAGGGUGAGGCGGAGAAAGAUUACCAGGCCUUCAAACAGCACAUGGAACAGAUCCACCUGGCAUUGACUUCCACCAGCCUACAGGAACAUAAUACUACCGCUGCCGUGGUGCGCAGUCUGUGGAGUGUCUCUGACCGUAUUAUCUCUGGCGAGAAGAUGCUCAGAGAGGCUCAGGAUAAGUGGUCCAGUCCUCCAACGAAGAAUAAGGCUCAACCUGAAAAUACAGUUGAAGAAAAAUCGGAAUUGGAAGAUUCUUCAGGCGAUGACAGCAGUAAGGACAAUUUAGGUACAACAUACGUGUUUGCAGAUAAGGAAACUGACAAGGAACAUACAGGUACAGAAGAAGACGAAGAGAAAGGCGACAAGAAGACUGUCCGGCAAAUACUGUCUCAACUAUUGUCUAACAACCAACCAGCUAACCAGAGCGGUAUGAUCCUGUGGAGCGGCGUGGUGCCGGUGGUGGUGCAGGCGGGCGACCUCGGCUCCGUCAUCGCCGCCACGCUCGCCUCCGUCACCUACCGGCGGACCCGCGCCGCGCAGCGACACACCACACAAACGGAGCAGGAAGAAAAUGAGAACACCAGCUCUACUGGCAAGGACAAGGCGGACGGCGACAAAUCGAAACUAAAGUCUAACGACCAUGUGGAAGUGUUACUAAAGGACGGGUUAGUAUGUCGCGUGUACUACGCGGCCCAGUUCCAACGCCUGCGCCACAUGGUGCUCCGCCCCCUGAGCGAGCCGACCGAAGCCCCCGACACCGCGCACGCGCCCUGCCCCGGACAGCGCCCCUCCUGCGCCUGCUAUGAAGACAGCAAGGACCGCGCCGACAAGGGUCUGUGUGAGAUAGAGGAGGGCUUCAUCCGCUCCCUCGCACACUGCGUGCCCUGGGCCGCCAGGGGAGGGAAGUCUGGCUCCACCUUCUGUAAGACUAAAGAUGACAGGUACGUGCUGAAAGAGAUGACGAAGCCCGAAUGGCAACAGUUCUUGGACUUCGCUCCGCAUUACUUCGCCUACGUCACACAUUGUCGACAGAACAAGCUGCCUAGCUUACUCGCGCGCAUCCUGGGCGUGUUCGGCGUGGGCGGCGCGGGCUGCGGCGUGCUGGUGCUGGAGCACGUGUGGUACGGCGCGGGCGGCGCGCGGUUCGACCUCAAGGGCUCCUCGCGCCACCGCCUCACGCCCGACACCACGCCGCUCGCCGUGCUCAUGGACGAGAACCUCCUCAACUUGCGCUGGGAGAAUCCUUUAUACGUACAAUCGCACACCGCCCGAAUGUUAUUCGCGGCAGUGGAACGAGACACAGACUUCUUGUCCUCGCAUACUGUCAUGGACUACUCCUUGCUACUCGGCAUUGACAACCACACACUCAUACUGGGCAUCAUCGAUUACAUAAGAACGUUUACAUGGGACAAGAAACUGGAGCAUUUGGUGAAGAAGAACUUAGGUUCUGGUCAGCCGACCGUGGUGUCUCCGGAACAAUACAAGAGUCGCUUCUGCAGCGCUGCCAGGAAAUACUUCCUCCAGUGUCCAGCGCACUGGGACCAUCUCUACACGAAUAAUGACCAAAAUCAAUAA